GGAGCUCACCACUAAUAGUGGACAUCAGCAAUCAUGCUGAUGCUCACCAUUAACUCUUUAGAUGCGGUGAUGUUGAUAUUGGCAUCUAAAGCAGUUGCAGGGCUCAGUGACACUCAAAGCGUGAUCGCACUGCACCUGCAGCAUGAUCAUGGGGGUCCGAUGAGUGAAGAUUGUGGUUGGAGGUCUCUUCUCUUGGUCUGUGCCGCUCACAGGGGAUUGUAUAGUCCGCCAGCACUGAACAGUAAUAGGAAUCAAAAUAUUGCAAACAGUAAAAAUACGUUUUUUUAAUAAUGUAAAUGAGCCCCUCGCACAAUCAAAAUUACCUAAUUUCCCAUUGUACAAAUGAAAUAAUGUAAGAUAAAUAAACAAACCAAAAAAAAGAUUUGGGUUUAUGCAAAUGCCCGAACCAAAGAGACCAAAAAGGGCUGGCUCCUUACAUGACAGUGCACCCAGCCUAUUACCGGCCGAGGCGAGACAUCGCUGAGGCCGGCAAUACGCUGACCACAGUAUGAUGUUUGGAGCCUAAGAAGCACGGAGCUGAGCAGUGCCGGAGCAACGAGGAAACGUAGGAAGGUGUGUCCUAUCUUACAGACCUGAUAUGGUGGAUAGGCACAAUAACAAUGGCAUUGGGCCAAAUUGGAAAUUUCCUAGCGUACACUGCUGCUCCAGCUGUGCUGGUGACACCAUUAGGUGCUCUGGGCAUUCCUUUUGGGUCCGUUUUGGCCUCUUAUGUGCUAAAAGAAAAGCUUAAUUUCUUGGGCAAAUUGGGCUGUCUCCUCAGCUGUGUGGGCUCCAUUAUUCUUAUAAUCCACUCACCGAAGUCUGAAAGCAUUACAUCUCGAGCCGAGUUUGAGGAAAAACUUUCUAACCCAGUAUUCCUGAGUUACCUCUGUUUUGUUCUUCUGAUGUUGACGUUGCUGAUAUUUUGGAUUUCUCCAGUAUAUGGGAAGAAAAAUAUCAUGGUUUACAUAGGUGUGUGCUCACUGUUAGGCACAUUUACUGUCCCCUGUACCAAAGGCAUUGGACUUUUCGCUCAAGAUGCUUUUACCAACAAUCCAAGCAGCUCAAGCUCAACUUACCUAUUCAUGUGCCUAUUAGCAGUCCUGGGGUGUAGCAUUCUCAUCCAGUUUCGAUAUAUUAACAAAGCUCUAGAGGACUAUGACUCGUGUAUAUUUAGUGCUAUUUAUUAUGUUACGUUCACAACAAUAGUGCUGGUUGCAACUGCAAUUCUCUUUCAGGAAUGGACCAAAGUAGGAGCAGUAGACUUCUUGGCCAUGUUGUGUGGGUUCACGACUGUGUCUACUGGUGUCAUUUUAAUUCAGAUGUUUAAAGAGUUUAAUAUCAGCUUCCGAGAGCUAAACAAGACACCAGAGAAGAAAGAGUGAAAAGACCAGCCUUAAAGAUAAAUAAAUACAUACAAAAAAUGCUAUUCCAUGUCAAAUUGAGCAAGGCUUGCUCUAAUAUGUUUUCUAAUAUGUAUAACAAUUUUUUUUUACAAAGGCAAUUGAGCAAAUAUUCUAUUACAAAAAAAGCAAUGAUAACUUAUUACAUUUGCACUGCUGGAGAAUUGUAACCUACAACUAGAACAUAUUUAAGGGAUGAUCAUGCACUUUGAGAAAACAAUCAUAUAAUUUGUAUGGAGUCACCAUGGAUCUACUGAUUAGUUUCAAGUAAUUAAACAAAAGGGGGGAGGGGCUGGUCUAAAGUCCAGCUCAGUUAUAUAUAUGGUCACAUAUGCAUUAAUUUAUACUUUUUAAGCAUAUGUCCUCUAAGUCUGCUGCAUACUGGCAUGCCUAGAGUACUGGAUCUGUAUUAUGGGCUUCUUUAACCCACAUUCCCAGUUAAUUACUUUUGGCCCCAUUGUCUGAGCAGAUGAAAAACGUUAUCAAAAGCGUCCCAUCAGUGCCUGAUGUUGUGUCACUCAUUGAUUCUCAUUGACUCUUUUAAUAUUGAUCAUUGCUUCUUGCUGCAGAGAUAUCAGUUGUUCCUUAUACCUAGGAUGAGGACGCAGCUUCCCCUAACACUGUUAAUGGUUAAUGUCACCUAUCACAGUUGAAGUUACUUCUAUUGGCGAGGCAAUAAAUUCUGAAUUAAUUAAUGGCCUCAGGGGUUGAUAGUCACAGUCAAUGAUGCAUAAUACUCAAACAGGCACUAAGGAAAUAUCUUUUGCACAAAGGCAAUGCAUUUGUUGAUUUUUAUAUGAAUACUAUAAUGCCAGAAGGGCUGGGUUUGCCACAUUUCUAUCGAAGAAAUUGCUCCAAAAAGAGGAUGGAUAUUCUUGGAGGUUAUCAGCCUCUGUACAGAAACAGCAAGGUGACAGUGAUUAUAUUGAUACUUAGGCUCUGUUCAUCUGUUAUCAUCUUUAAUCCAGCAUCAGGCUUGGUGCAUGGCAGGAGCAUGUUGACUUCAUUACUGCUGCUUCUCCAAGCCCACUCGCAGCAGACCCAGCAGAGAGGCAGCAGGGGUGGCAUCAACAUGCUCCUGCCAUGCACCAAGCAUGCUGCCGGAAUAAGGAAGAUAACAGACAACCAGGACCACGGAUCGGGGGUAGGUAAGUAUCGUUAUCAUUAGUGUCACCUGCACUACACGCCUUUAGCCAACAGGUUAGUGCAGGUGACUGAUGGCAGUUUCCCUAUAAUGCUGAUUUAUUGCCCAUUGAAUUAAUUAGGGAAGUCACCUGUGCAAUUUGGUGCAGAUCUGAGCACAGAAAAUGUGCAGCAUUUCUGCUACUUGUGUCCAUACCCAAACAGGAAGAUUUGAGAAAUGGCCCAGAUUUAUCAAUCAGUCUGCUCAGGCCUGUAGGAACCAAUGACAGCUCAGCUUGAAUUUUACCAGAGCUUGUUAAGAUAUCAAAUUUGAGCUGUGAUUGGUUGUAAUUAGAGAUGAGCGAACUUACAGUAAAUUCGAUUCGUCACAAACUUCUCGG